ACAAUACUUAAAAAUUCGAGACCGUGACCGCGAAUGUACACGUACCAGUCGACUCCGGUGCUCAGUUCUCAAUUCACCUACAAGACCUCAAGUCCUUCAUUUGUCAAAUUCAAGGUCAAGAAUGCGUCCCCCCUUCUUCUCUUUUUAACUGUGACCGUCCUCGUUUCGUGCGCCAGCGCUGUGUCCACGGGGAAUGCUGCUGAAUUGAGGUCGCUGAGAUCAAUCAAGACGACCACCAACGACGAUGCGGCAGAAGAAGAACGCGGCGGCUUCUACCACAAGUUUGAUCUCAACUUUCUGGACGACAUCUUUCACGGUUUGCCUGAACAAUUCCAGAGAAUGAGGAACCAACCCGAGCGCCUGAGAACCAUGUUUGAAAACUGGAAGACUGGGUGGAUGUCUGUCGACGACGCUGUAGCCUACAUGACGCGUGAGGGUUUGAGUGAAAAGGCGAUCAGCCAGUUCAAGGCUGCGUACCAGGCGUAUCUCAAACAUAAAGGAUAAUAAAAAAGCUGGGCUCUUGCUAUUGUCUAGCAAGUGCGUGUUCUUAACAAAAAAAAACUUGGU